GAUUAUCUGUUUCUCCUUCGUUUACUUUAUCUUCUCCUACUUAUACUGAGAAGAACACCAUAGCGAGCACAAAGAGUAAAAGAGCGAGAGCAGGUUAGUCUUUUCUCUAAACUCUUUUGAUCUGAUCGCUGAUAUAGUAGAGAAUCCAGCUUGAGAUAAUCCACCUUAGGGUGCUUACUAGAGGAAAAGAAGGGUUGAAUGGAUUUGUCAGCUUCACGGUACAAUAGUGUGAGUGAAUCCGGUUGGACCAAUUAUAUAGACCAAACCUCUCUUUUGGAUAAAUAUUUCCAGAGACGUGGGAGUGUGGAAUACGAGGGAAAAGAAGCAAGACUGGAGGAGGAGGAGGAGGAGGAAGGUUUAUCCAUGGUGUCUGAUGCUUCUUCCGGGCCUCCACAUUAUCAUGAUGAGGUUGAUAAAUACUCUAGUCAUCCGUCUACUUCCCUACCCAAAAAGAAGGUCAGAGAAUGCGGCCGAAGAAAUCUACAACAGGCUUCACAUCUUGAUGACACUGCCAGCUCCCCUGUUUACAGUUUUCCCACGGCAAGUCAUAAGAAAGUGAGUUUUACAGGGAAAGGUGCAGCGGAGAAUGCAAUGGCUCUUUCUCAAGGUUUCUCUGCAACAAGAUUAAAGGCAAAUCCUCAAUUCCAGAAGCACUUCAAUUUGUUAGAAUGCUCAAGUUCUGGUAAACAAUCCUCUGAAGAUCAAGGUGAUUCCGAACAGAAAGAUGAGAAUCAAACGUAGCAUUUUUUGUCUCUGCUGUUGUUGUUGGAGCAUUGAUGUCCAGGGAGAGAGAUGUCAAGCAGAGGCAAUUCAAUGUCAAAGAGGGGACUACCUUACCUAUUUCCUUAAUCUUUUCUUUUCUGGGAAGAAAAUAACUCUUUCAUUGUAAUUUCACUAUUUCAGUCCCUUUGGGGAAAAAAAAAAUUGCUGUAAUGCUAGUGCCAAGUGCCAAGUGCCAGUGCAGUUGGUGAAAACCGGCCUAAUAGAAUAUAAAGAAUAAAAUAGGAUCUCUAU